AUGGCGAUGAUGGUGACUGGCCGUGUGCUGCUGGUGUGUGCCCUCUGCGUGCUGUGGUGCGGUGCCGGCGGUGGUGGAUGUUCUGAAACAACUCCAGAUCUUCCGGGUGGUGCGUCUCAAGGUGGCAAUAAUCCUGACAGUAGAACACACACCACUAAUGGCGCUGGAGGAGGUGUCAAAUCCAGUGUGCCGGCAGAGCCACAAUUACCGGCAGAAUCGGUGACAGACUUAAGUUUAGCGGCAGCGGGAGCAGAUGUAUCAGCGGCACAACAAUCCGGGAAACAAGCAUCAGAAAUGGAAGAAGAAAAGAUGAAAAACAAGAAAGAAAGAACGGAUGAGAAAGAAAAGCACGAAGAUGACGAGGAGGAUGAUGACGAGGAGGAAGAGGAAUAUGAAGAGGAAGAAAUAGAUGAAGAUGAUAAGAAUAAAGAAGAGGGGGAAACGAAAGAAGAAAAAGAAGAUAAGGAGAAGGAGGAGAAGAAAAUCAAAGAAGAUGAUACCGACACCACAAAGGGGAUGUCAACAGGCAGUGAGGAGCCGCCAAUUAUAUCUUCUGGUGUAGAGGGAGCAGCGAACCAAACAAAACUUAAAAGUACACAAACGCCUGGCGACAGUGACCCAGCAGCCGAUGGUGCGGUAACUCGAGAGGAAAAGCGAAAUGAAAGUAAAGAAGCCAAUCCGAAAGAAACACCAGUCGAAGCCACAGCCACGAAAAAUACAACGGCGACGACUGGCGACAGUGACGGCGGCACCGCGGUCUCCCACACCACCUCCCCUCUUUUGCUUCUUCUUGUUGUUGCGUGUGCGGCUGCUGCUUCUGCGGUGGUGGCCGCGUGA